UCAUAAUGUAUACCUCUUUCUUAUGUUGAACCAAUGCCCCUGUCCUAAUGGGUCUUAUCGUAUGCAUUGUAUAUUAAUUAUUUUUGUGUUUUUAGUUGUACUGGUUAAUACUCUGUAUUACUGUUUGCUCGAAAUCUUGUGAUGUAAGAUUCAUAUAAAUCAACUUUGUAGGCAAAAUUUGUACCUUGUUCAAUUGAAUUAGAAUAUACUCUCAUGUUUUGGUUCUAUAUUAUUACCUGAAAAAUGAUGUAAACAUAAAUAAGUAUGUGAGUCACCUUGCUUGCCCUUCGAUGGAGUCUUAUCUGGAGUCAAGAAAAGGAAUCGCCGCUCGCAACAAACUACGACAAGAAUGUUAAUUUGUAAGAAUAACCUGGCAACGUACGGCUCUAAAAGAACCAUUCGCCAAUCUAAAUUUGAUGCCUAGUGGCAUCUCCAAACCCAAAAAAAAAAAAAAGUGAGUUUUUUGUUGUCGUGGAUUUCGCUAUUUGCUUAAAUAUUUUCCAUUUUUAGAACUUUAAAAGAAUAAAAUUCACCAUAUUAAAUCACGAAAAUGUUAAAACUUGUGCCGCCGGAUGCGAGUAAAUUUCAUAACUUCAAAUGUGGUGAGAUUUAUUGCCUAAGCUCGAAUACCUACAAUGUGGCGUGUUGUUUGUGCGGCAUCAAAGUAGAGUUCGAGCAGUUCCCUCAACAUUUCCAAGAUGAGCAUCUGACGCCCAAAGACGAAAAAGUUGAAAAGAGUACCUCAAAUGUCUCUGAGACCAUCAAAGUUGACGUAGAUCCCAUAAAAAGCGAAGAAGAAUACCUCAGUGACGAUGGAGGGGAGUCUGUGGGCUUUGAUGCCCCAGAUUCGGAUCCCGACGAACCUACAGUUGAAGAGAAGCCAUUUGACUUCGUUGACUUACAGAAAUUAGAGGAGAGCAUUGAGGAGCGAGAAGAGAAGUCUAAGCGCAAAAAAGAUGUAGAUGAUGACGAUGAUAGUGACACAAAUUCAACCGAUGAUAAAAGGGAUGCAAAUGAUGCGGAUUGGCACCCAAACGAUUCCUCAGAUGAGGAGAAACCAAAACCACAAGAAGAUAUUGAUUCACUUCCGUACCCUUGUCCGGACUGCAUGCGAUCAUACAAAACAAAACGCAGCAUGUUAACACAUCACCGACAAACCCAUAACCCGAAAAAAAGAAAGCCCAAGGAGCCAAAUAUGAAAUUCAAAUGUGAGGAAUGUGGUGAACUAUUCAGGGCUGAGAGAAAUUUGCGAGCCCAUAAGUGGAAACAUACCGGCAUUGUAUGCGAUAUUUGUGGCAAGAAAUUUUCACAAACUGGUAACCUGCAACGUCAUAAAAUUCGGCACACUGGCAUAAAGGCCCACAAAUGUCAGGAAUGUGGCAAUGAUUUCUUCACUGAUAAAGAGUUGAAGGCUCACAUGUUGCGCCAUACCGGCGAAAGGCCGGUAGUUUGUGAGAUUUGUGGAAAGCGUUGCCGUGACCACGGCGUUUAUAAAGCGCAUAUGCGUAGGCACACUGGAGAAAGGCCGGCGAAAUGCGAAGUUUGCGGCAAAGCAUUUUACAGCUUCCAUGAUCUGAAUGUACAUGCGGUAACACAUAGCAGCGAGCGGCCAUUCGCAUGCGACAUGUGUGGUUCAACAUUUCAAAGGAAGAAGUCUCUACGAGUACAUAAAAAGUUACAUUCUAAAGAUCGCAAACACGAAUGCAAAGUGUGCGGCAAAACGUUUGCGCAAUCAGGAGGCUUGAAUGCACAUAUGCGAACUCACGAUGCAGCAUUGAGUCGAAGUAUUGUGGGCACUGCCAGUGCAAUCGCUGGCACUGUUGCUUUAGAUGGUGUUGGUACUAGUACCAGUAUGGCUCUGCCAAGUAGUGGAAUCGGGGUAGUUUUCGGAACGGCUGUCAAUACCGUGAAUCCUGUUAAUUCUAUUGGUGAUGCUCUAUUGGGAGUGACUACUGUGCUCAGUGGGACCGGCUCAACAAUGGAUUCUGUCACUAAUUAAUCCUUUCAAGAAUUCGCUAGGAUAACACUGUAUGUAUGUACACGUAUAUCUUAAGAUCAUCACAAUGGAAAGUGCACGUGUGCAUUUUAGUAUAGCAAGCACAUGAUUUAUAAUAAAUUGAGUAUUUAGAAAUAUAUACAUUAAAAUUUGAUGCACUAA